ACUUCGCCUUCGCGCUCCUUCCUUCCCUUCUUGUCACCACCACCACCAUACCCCAUCUUUGUGUCAAGGCACACUGCUGUUUCCCUCGUUUUUUAGAAAGAGAAAAUGCACACUUACCAUCUAAAUUAAUUGCUUCUCCAUACCUUGACCCGUUGUUUGGAUACUUGGAGCUACCAGGAGUGUUUUCCCCUUGUGUUUUUAUGGUUUUUUUGGCUCGGUGUUUUGUAGGUGAGGAUAACAUUUGGCCAAUUGGGUAUCUGGUGAGUUCAGAUAUUUUUCCAGAAGUAGGGAAGCUCCUUAUACAUUAUUUGGCUUAGUGCUCUCUAUUUGGAGUGUACAAUGGGAAACAAUGAGGAAGAAAAAUCUACCAAGACUGAAAAGCCUUCUUCACCUGCAACAAUGGAUCAGGCCAAUCAGACCAACCAGCCCAAUAUUCAUGUAUAUCCUGAUUGGGCAGCCAUGCAGGCAUAUUAUGGGCAAAGAGUCACCAUGCCACCAUACUACAACUCGGCUGUGGCUUCUGGUCACGCUCCUCACCCAUACAUGUGGGGUCCACCACAGCCUAUGAUGCCACCUUAUGGGCCUCCUUAUGCAGCAAUUUAUUCACAUGGAGGGGUUUACCCUGCAGUUCCUAUCGGGCCACAUACACAUAGUCAAGGAGUUCCGUCUUCACCUGCUGCUGUGACUCCUUUAAGCAUAGAGACGCCACCCAAAUCAUCAGGAAAUAAUGAUCAGGGUUUAAUGAAGAAAUUGAAGGAGUUUGAUGGACUUGCUAUGUCAAUAGGCAAUGGCCAUGCUGAAAGUGCAGAGCGUGGAGGUGAAAACAGGCUGUCACCGAGUGUGGAUACUGAGGGUUCCAGUGAUGGAAGUGAUGACAACACUUCAGGGGCUAAUCAAACAAGAAGGAAAAGAAGCCGUGGGUGAACACCAACCACUGAUGGAGAAGAGAAAACUGAGAUACAAAGCAGUCCCAUUUCCAAAGAUACUGCAGCUUCUAAUAAGAUCGUGGCAGUUGCCCCCGCCAGUGUUGCAGGAACAAUAGUUGGACCUGUAGUUUCUUCAGGUAUGACCACCGUGCUGGAGCUGCGAAAUCCUUCCAGUGUUCAUUCUAAAGCAAAUACCACAAGUGCACCACAACCUUCUGUAUUGCCUGCAGAAACUUGGUUACAGAAUGAGCGUGAGCUGAAACGAGAGAGGCGGAAACAAUCUAACCGAGAAUCUGCUAGAAGGUCCAGACUAAGGAAGCAGGCUGAAACUGAAGAACUGGCACGAAAAGUUGAUUCCUUGAAUUCUGAGAAUGGGACACUGAAAUCAGAAAUAAAUCGACUGACUGAAAGUUGCGAAAAAAUGAGAGUGGAAAAUGCAACAUUAAGGGAAAAACUUAAAAUUGCUCGACUGGGACAAACACAAGAGAUAACUUUGAACAUAAUUGACAGCGAGAGUGCUACACCUGUAAGCACAGAAAACUUACUAUCUAGAGUUAAUAAUAAUUCUAGUUCCAACGAUAGAACUAUGGAGGAUGAGAAUGAUUUUUGUGAAAAUAAACCAAACUCUGGUGCAAAGCUGCAUCAACUACUGGAUACAAAUCCUAGAGCUGAUGCUGUUGCUGCUGGGUGAAACCAGUAAUUGCACUGGCUUAUUUUGUAAUUUUGGCAUAUUACAAGUCCAAAAUUACAGCUUGGUGCUAACAGUUUUCAGAGGGAUGGAUCAGCUGAAUUUUAGUAUCUAAAUCCAUCAAAAUCAGAACUAAUUCAUUGCUUGUCAGUUUACCUAGGACAAAAUCUGUUACUAUUAGAUUUGACAAAAGUGGAUGACUAAGUUUGUAAAAUGAACAAGAGAACUAGAGAUUUCAGUUUGGAGAGGGUUGUUGAACCGAUACAUAAUUGUGUUUGUAUCAUUAACUAUUGGUUUGGAGUUCCCAAUGGUAUCUGAUAUAAAGUUAUUUUGGCUUA